CCACUAUUAACAGCUGAGGUUGGCGGACAAGUUUGCAGAGUUCUGUUCCAGAGCAGAGCGAGAUAAAAGCAGAGCUGGCAAGCGGACACAAACAAGAACUGGGCAUAUAACUACCAAAGUGUUAAGGCGAAAGAAGAAACUUAAAACGCUUAUAUUCGACUUGGGCACGACUACUACCUCCCCGUUUAAUGUUUUCACUUUUGUUUUAAUUUUUCUUGUCUUGUGGAUCGCUGAAUACUUAAAAGCCGUCUGAAUGUAUAACAUGAUGGAAACAGAAAUAAAAAGCCCGCACCCGCAGUCCAAUACGGGCUCGGUGGCGGGCGCCAAAAACAACAACAGUGCCAACGACCAGGACCGAGUAAAGCGUCCCAUGAAUGCGUUCAUGGUGUGGUCCCGGGGCCAACGGAGAAAGAUGGCUCAGGAGAAUCCCAAGAUGCACAACUCGGAGAUCAGCAAGCGCCUGGGUGCUGACUGGAAGCUGCUGACGGACGCAGAGAAGCGACCCUUCAUUGACGAGGCCAAGCGUCUGCGAGCCAUGCACAUGAAGGAACAUCCGGAUUAUAAAUACCGACCACGCAGAAAGACCAAGCCCUUGCUCAAGAAAGACAAGUACUCUUUGCCCGGAGGACUCUUGGCGCCAGGUGCCACCACUGUCAACAACGGUGUCUCGGUUGGACAGCGGAUGGACAGUUAUGCGCACAUGAAUGGAUGGACCAGCAGUGCCUACUCUCUUAUGCAGGACCAGCUGGGCUACUCACAGCAUCCCAGCAUGAACAGUCAGCAGAUCCAGCAGAUGCACCGCUAUGAGAUGGCCGGGCUCCAGUACCCCAUGAUGUCUACUGCCCAAACCUACAUGAACGCCGCGUCCACGUAUAGCAUGUCCCCAACCUACACACAGCAGACCACCAGCGCGAUGGGCUUGGGUAGCAUGGCGUCUGUGUGCAAGACCGAACCGAGCUCACCACCCCCGGCCAUUACAUCGCACUCCCAAAGAGCGUGUUUGGGGGACCUGAGGGAUAUGAUAAGCAUGUAUCUGCCUCCCGGGGGUGACGGCACGGAUCACUCCACUCUGCAAACGAGUCGGUUACACAGCGUGCACCAGCACUACCAGAGUGCUGGGACUGGCGUAAACGGAACGCUACCCCUCACUCACAUUUGAAAAGACAUUUCAACUUUUAAGUACUUGGGAUACUUGAACACUUUGAACUCUUUGCAAAACAACGAAGGUUUCGAUCAUUUUUAUUUUAAUAAGGAAGUUUCGAUCAUUUUUAUUUUAAUAAUUGCGAUUUUUCAUCUCAAGUUGAGCGGUCCGUUUGUCAAUCGUUUAAAAACGACAUCUUCUGGACAGGGACUCAAUAUUUAGCCCGACGUACUUAUUUGUAUUGCAAAGAGGCUUUUAUCUUGAGCAUUUAAGCAAUCAUUUGAUCUAGAAGAAUGGGACUUCAACAAAAAAUGCCAUCCUAUUUUCUGACAACGAAAAUGGCAUGUUGCUUCUUCAGGAGGCUUUUUCAGUAAUCCGAGAGGGAAAUACACUCACACGUAAAUGUUUACACUUCAUUUGUAGAAUAUCAGUUUGCCCGCAUGUCCAACUCUGUGUAGAAUUUAUUUUUUAUUUUCAUGAACUAGUUUUAAUUAAACGAAUGACUGUGCUGGUCGCAAGCGCAAGUUUAUUUAUAGUAAGUUGUGUCUACUUUCUUUAUGAAGCUUGUGAACCUCUGUCUUGUUGAAAUGUUCCAUUUUGUGUCAUGAGUUUUUCUCUGCGGUAUGUUUUGACGGUAUCAGGUUAACCCAUAUCACGGGCGGAGAGAUUUAUUUAAACUGUUUCUGCGCAGUUUAAGACCAUUCUUUAUUCUAAAAUGAUGAAUAAAUUUGUACAAAAUAUAAAGACUGGUUAUUGUACCCA